AUGUUCUCUACUUUCCUCUCCAAGCCUGCGCUGCUCGCAGCCGUCAUGCUCCUCCUCGCCGUCGAGGUGGUCAACGCGACUCCCACGCCUGAUGGCAUUUCCGUUGUCAAGCGUGCUUCAAACAUUCCUGAGCACUACGAGAUCGUCCCUCUUGUCAUCACCGGUUCUAUCGAUGGCGUUGCAAUCAACCACACCGGCACAGUUCAGGAAGUUUUUGCUCAACUUGAUGCUGAGGACAAUAACUUCAAGCUCUCCGAACUCGGUGCUCAUGAUGUCGCUGAAGUACAUUCUCGCGAUACCUCCUACAUCACCGAUGUCAACUGCAUUCCUGUCAAUGGCCAGAACUGGAACCGUGCUAAUCAAGGAGCAAUUCGUGAAGGCAUUGCUUACCUCCGUCGUGGGUCCAUGGCCUGCUGGAUCAAUCCUCACAGCUGUUCUCGGAUUUCUUGCUCAUGGGACAGUGCAAUCUACCUAUGUAACAACAAUAACUACAGAUUCGGUCACCCUUGCUUCCAGAUUGCGGACUAUGCCCAGGCUAUCCUCGACAAAUGCCAAUACAAGAAGAACCUUUGGGCAGACAAGGAAGUCGGUGGUCAGGCAUGGGACAUCUUAAACUGGAAUGUUCCUGUCUACAAGGAACACUGCUAA